AUGCCGUUUCCUCCACUGUUCGAUGCCUACAAGGAUCGUAUUCAACAGCAUAUCCUCAAUGGGCUUGCUGUCGCCUCCGUUGUUUCCGUCGAGGGCGUUUGGAAGAGUACCAUAUACCGCAUUAUCGAUAACCUCCUCGGGCGACAGUUCGCGAUUUUUCCGGCUGCAUGGAUCGGAUUAAGGGCCUUUAUCGAGAGUAAGCGGUGGGCAUAUCAGGACGAGAUGCAGUAUGAUCUAAUUUGA